AUGCUCCCAGAGCUUGGUGAAGUUGCAGGAGAGGAUACCGACACUCUCUGCACAAACGGAAACCAACAACCUGUUCCUGACAGGGGAAGACAUUGUCUCCGUAGUGGUAUGGAAAAGAAUCUUGAUGCUAGGGAUAAGACUUCGGGUGUCUUAAACACUACAUCCGUCCAGGGAGUGGGCGUCGAUGGCCUGAUGGGGAAUGUCUCGCAGUCAGACGAGGCUGAGAUGCUCGGUAGCCGUGGACUCACUGUUGAAACUUCAGGAUACCCUGAGGUUGAUGAUCCCGUUGAUCCAGCACGAGUACUCAAUCGACAAGACCUUAUCAAGCAGCGCAUCAUCUUCCUCGGCGCUAUCCUCCUGCUCAACAUCAUCCUGGCCAUCACCGCGAUACUAGGAAAGGAGAGCAAGACACUCUGGCCCCCAGACCCCAUCACUCAGCGCUGGAUAUUAUCCCUGAUACCGGCGUACUCAGAAAGCGAAGAACAGAUCGUCAAAACUAUAUUCUCGCUCCGCGACAACGGCACGGAACCUCAUCGCCAGGUCAUGGUGGUGAUACUUGACGGACAGCCCCGAGACAUCCGAGGGAAUAUGACACGGGUCAUCACCCAGCUGGAGAGAGCAUACAUAUCCUUCAAGUGGAAAAAGGGCACACUGCGGAUCAUUGCUGGCUAUAUGGAAGAUGUCCCGGUCAUAGUCCUCGAAAAGCUCAAGAAUGGCGGCAAGAAGGACUCACUUAUCCUGUGUCAUGAUCUGUUCAACUGCAUCCGCCCCAACGCUCCAAUAUAUACAAAGCUCUUGAGAGAAGAGAUAUGGACUCACAUCUUGCCAUCUCUCCUACCGGAAACUGAUAAGUUUGAUGGUUUUGAUAUGGUAUUUUGCACCGACGCAGACUCUACGAUUCAUAAGGGUGCAUUGGCCAAGCUUGCAAAUGCUCUGUGCCGCAAUAAGAAUGCCAUUGCAGCCUGCGGCCUUGUUCUUGUGGAGUUGGAGCCAGGAUAUGAAUGGUCCGUUUGGAACCUAUACCAGCAGUUCCAGUACACCUUUGGCCAGUACGUUCGCAGAAGAGCAGAACACUACAUCGGAAAGGUCACAUGCCUGCCGGGCUGCAUCACCAUGAUAUCUGUGAGGGAAGAGAUGGGAGGGGCUAUCCAAAAGUAUGCAGAGCCCAUCACGGGGGCUUUGGUGCUCUCACAUCAAGUGCAGUACCUUGGAACAGACAGAAGAUUGACCUACUCCAUGCUUUCUCAAGGGAAGCACUUGCAUACGCUCUUUGUCCCUGAUGCUGUGAGCGAAACAGUCGCUCCCCAGUCUAUACAGCAUUAUCUCAGCCAGCGGCGCAGGUGGGGAUCAAACGCCUACUUUAACAAUUAUUUCUACCUCGGAGGGGAAAAGAUGAUCCUGAUUACAAGAAUAGUAGCGACUAUUGAGGUGGUUCGGUUGAGCCUUGUCUACUACCGAGUUCUCAACACGAUCAUGUUCCUCAAACGGGUCAGCCACGGAGUGCCGGUCAUGAAACUCAUCCCGAUGCUUGUCAUCGGCCAGUUGCCCUCUUGCUGGUUUUUCUGCUCCGUUCUGAUUGAGCGGGAGCUCAGACGUCGGGCACACAAGCUAGUCCUAGGGUUCUGCAUUAAUAAGUGCAUUUCUCCAAUAAUGUCAAUCAUCAUCUUUACAAAAGUAGCCAUCAAUCUUGGCAGUCAAGCAUGGGGCAUGUCAGGCGUAACUGCUUCUUCAGCGCCAGCAGCAGCUACUGCCGACGCCGGUGGACUUACGGAUAACAAUAUAUUGAGCACCUCUGCUAUAGAAGCAAUAGAGUCCCAAGUGGAUGCUGCAAUUAUUGCCAGCGUAAGUAGUAUUGCAAGCUUCAGUGGUGUCAGUGUUGAAUGUUAA